AUGUCUAAGAGAAAAGAUAAAAUUGGAAUAUAUCUCGAAGGUGGAAAUACAAGUACAACAGACAGCAAUAUGUUUACUGGCAGUAGUUAUGGAGGUUGGGGUUGGGAUUGGACUUUCAGCACUGUCGGAGAUACAGUCAACGGUGAAGGUGGCGAGAAUAGUCUUGAGGUUGGAGAUGGAAAUGGUGGCCUUGCUGGAGGCAACGGCGGAGGUGGCAGUGGAGUAAGUAUUCAUGAGACAGGUUGUGGUGGAGGUGAUAGCGGAGGUAGAGGGGUUUCUGAACAUGGAGUUGGUGUGAGUUCUCAUGUGGAUGGAGGAGGUCAUAGUUAUGGAGGCGGAGGAACAAGUUCUAAUGAUCACGGCGGAGGUGGAAGUGGAGGUGGAGGGUUUUCUGAUUUUGGAGGGGGAGGAUCAUCUAUUUGGUGA